AUGGCGCCCACGUCGGAGGUUGAUUUAUUUGCGCCCUUCGAGCGGGAUGUCAUACUCGAAAUCCGGACGAGUAAAAUGGAAAUUAUGCCAGGACUGAAGAUUGAGACGGGUAUAAACAAGAGGAUUCGUACCGGCCGCAUCCCCGUGACCUUCGUCGGACUUGAUGCGGAUGAGCACGAUCUUGUAUUCCACGGGGGCCCGGAUAAAGCAAUUCAUGGGUACUGCUGUUCUCACUAUCCUACAUGGCAAAAAGAGUUCCCUGAAGCUGCUACGCGUUUUAGGCCAGGCGGAUUCGGGGAAAACUUUGUGACGGAGCGUAUGAAUGAGCGUAAUGUAUGCAUAGGCGACGUAGUAUCCGUCGGUGACGAUGGCGUAUUGCUUCAGGUCAGCCUACCGCGGCAGCCAUGCUUCAAGCUAAAUCACCGGUUCCAACUCAAAAACUUCGCACCUAAUACAUACAAAACUAGCCGUACGGGUUGGUACUACAGGGUGCUACACGAGGGCACGGUACAGACUGGUGAUGAGAUCCGGCUUGUAGAGCGCAAAUGGCCUGGAUGGACUAUCGAGCGCGUUCAAGAAUAUCUUCACCGAACUCAGGAUAACGCUACUAUGAACGAAGAGCUUGCUGCUAUUUCUGAUAUGGGCGACGAGAGUAGGAAGGCAUUCGAGCGACGCGUCGAGAAGCUUAAGUCUAAGCAGAGGCGCGCUGCCGCCGUACUCAACCAGAAUGGAGAUGAAGUAAAAGAGAAAUGGCGCGACUUCAGAAUCGUGGAGAAGAAAAUUGAGACGCCACGUAUCUCAUCAUUCAUUUUAGAAGCACUACAUCCUGACCCCGAGGCAGGGGAGAUGCAACUCGGCGCGCAUGCACGUCUUAGAUUACCCAACGGGCUUCAGCGGUCCUACUCCAUCGUCUCAGGCACGCCCAACCGCUUCGAACUAGGCAUCGCCCUCGAGGAACCUAGCCGCGGCGGGUCCUCAUAUCUACAUAGCACAGCGCAAAUAGGCGAUAUCGUGCAGAUCGGGCGUGUGACAACGGACGUCAAGCCCGCGGGAUCAGCUAGCAACCACGUCUUCAUCGCGGGCGGCAUCGGUAUCACGGCCUUCCUCAGCAUGCUCGAGAUGUAUCGCAAAAUCCACUGGGAGUCGACGCUGCACUACGGCGUGCGCGACGCAUCUUCAGAUGUUCCGUUCCGGUCACGGAUUGAGGCGCUCAGCGACUCGGUGAAAAUGUACGAUCGCGCAAAGGGCCAGCGGAUGGAUAUCGCAGCGAUUUUUAGCGGCUUGCCGUGGAAUUCCCACGUGUAUGUGUGCGGGCCACAGCGCAUGAUGGACGAGGCGAUACGAGAGGCGAAGGCGCGCGGGCUUGGCGAGGACGAGGUCCAUUUUGAGGCCUUUGGGGCAGAUACGAGCGGUGACCCGUUCGAGGUUGAGGUCACGUCGGCUCGGGAGAAGAGCAGUACAGUUUUGAAGGUAGGUGCAGAGGAGACGUUACUAGAGGUGCUGAAGAGGCAUUUUGGGGAUGAUGAUGUACCGUCUAGUUGUGAGGUAGGCAAUUGCGGGACGUGUAAGGUGGUGCUGAAGAGUGGGCGUGUUGAUCAUAGGGGUACGUCGCUGAUGGAGGAGGAGAGGAAGGAUGCUAUGCUGAGCUGUGUUAGCAGGGGUAUUGGUAAGAUUGCUAUUGAGAUAUGA